AUGGAACAGGGCGGCCUCACUCAGCGAAAACCCGUGGAAGUCGAGCUACACCAUAGGAUGGUUGAGGAGAACUCCUCGCUUCUCAAAGACUCUAACCUCAAGCAGAGGACCAAGAGAAGACUUUAUACUUGGGACGAGAUUCCUGAAUGGCAGAGAGACAAUGAGCACAUAGUCGGUGGCUACAUCUUAGAGACGAAGAGUACCUGGGAGUGUCUGAAGAGUCUGCUUUACCUCCAUAAUGAGUCUGUGAACAUCUAUACUCACCUGUUACCAGGAUGGUGCUUCCUCCUCGUGGCUGUGUUUAACCAGGUCGUGAUUGAAAAAUUCGAAACUACGAGACUCAUAGACUACGUGAUGAUUGACCUCUUCUUUUUGGGAGGGUUCACAUGUCUGAUGAUGAGCAGCGUUUUUCAUUGCUUCAAGUGCCAUUCACUGCCGGUAGCUAUUCUCGGAAACAAACUCGAUUAUUUGGGAAUUGUCGCCCUUGUAGUGACGUCCAUUGUUAGCAUCCUUUUUUAUGGCUUCCAUGAUUAUGAUCUAUACUUUUGGUUGUUUUCCGGUCUUACAAUGGCGUUUGGCCUUGCCUGCGCAACAGUAUCUCUGAGCAACAAGUUUCGGUCCAGGGAAUGGAGGCCUUACCGGGCGUCAUUGUUUGUCGCCUUUGGACUUUCAGCGCUUCUCCCAGUUAUCGCAGGUGCUUUGCAUUAUGGGCUUAAAGAGACAUGGACGAGGAUUCAAUUAGAGUGGGUACUGCUUGGAGGAGUUUUUUAUAUCUUAGGUGCGGUGCUCUAUGGAAUUCGGUUUCCAGAAAGAAUGGCACCCGGAUGCUUUGAUAUCUGGGGCCAUUCCCAUCAACUUUUUCAUAUCCUCGUCGUGGUCGCGGCUUUGUGCCAUUUGAGGGCACUUCUGGGCGCUUAUAAACUGUUUCAUCACGUCAAAGUAGUUUGA